CCCAUGUUUAACGGUACCCCCACGCCGCGCCUGGGGGGUGCAGCGACAGCCCCGUGGACCCUGAUCGCCUUCACGCUCCUGGUGUCCACGCUCUGGCGUGAGGCGGCGUUCUGAGGGGGGUCCGCCAUGCCAUGGGGCCACCGAUCCCAAAGAGACUGUCAUGGAUCUCAGAAGCAGUUUGUUGGCGAGCAGCAUUCAGCGGCGAUCCUCUCGCGGCUCCUCAUUCUGCUGUGAGACCUGUGGAUAAGGGGCCACUUCUUCUUACCUAAAAAUGAAACAUGCAGCCUGGAGACAUUCUCUACCACUGCUGUAGCCACUUCCUCCUGUAGGCAGCACUGAGCACUGUAACUGCACAUAAAUGUAUGCUUAAGCCUUAAAGUCAUUUCUCUAUGGUAAAGUGUGCUUGGGCAGCUCAACUGUGCACUUUCUCUGAAUGUCCGCUUGGCCUUGAAGCCUCCUGCUGCCACCAGCGGGAAGGAGGGGCUGGAUGUCCGAGCCGGCCCACGUGUCGGCAAGUAAAAGGUCUUCAGAUUUUCUAUUUCUUAUUUUGUUGUCAGUGUUUCUGUUAGAUUCACUAAAGCCCCUCAGUAAAUGCACACAUACUCUACUGUGGGACAUGUGUGGUUGUAUGUGGCUGUUUUACUGCUAGUCAUACAUUUCCAUCACUUAGCUAGCUGUCUAGCCAAGUAGCUACCGAACUAUAACUAGGUUAUCUGAUAAUAUAACCUUCAUGAAGUUAACAAGACAUAACACUUUAUAACCUAAAGACUUUGUGCGUCAUCAUAUAUUACCGUGUCUGCUUUUUUAACAAACGGCAUGCCUGACCGGCUCGCGAGGUGACGUACCGUAGGCUGGGACGGAUGUGGCGCGGGUUGGACGUCCAACCGCGCCUUGCCGCAGGAUGUAGCAGGUUGGCUUGCUCAGCGAGUGGGUGAAUAAACGAUAGUCAGGUAUACAAAAUGCACAUUAUGCUAGACUGACGGAAUGAAGGGGCAUGCUGACGUUGAGGUGUUCGAUCGCCAUGAGCGUUUAUUUACCUUUUCGCCGUAUAUUGUUCGACCUCAGCUUUAUCAAGCUUGCACUGCUCUUCAGUGAAACCAUCUCCAUAUUGACAGCUUUAUCUUAAUGGUAUAAUCAGUAACGCUACACAUAAGGAAAAAUAAAUCACUUUUAUUUUUGAAGAUCUGUUGUAGUCCGUAUAUUUUAAGAAAAUUGUGUUUUACAAACCAGUACAGAAAGUUUUAUCUUCAUGCUGAAAUUAUUUUUGUGAUUACACUGUACGGGACUUUUGUUGAAUUUUAAUAUUUACCAGUGUGAUAGACCUUUGUGAAAAUAAAGCAUUCUAAAGAAUAAAAUCACGACGUUUCGCUUUGGAUUAAUUAAGCAGCAACGUGUUUAUUUCACAUGAGGAUGCAGGGUUGCCAACUUUGGUGAGCUUGCUGGAGUGAGAUUUUCAAUUCGAGACAAGUCUGCACACAUAUUUACUUGUAUACAACAGUUUUAUUACCUUUCAACUAGUCUUUACGCUUUGCAAACUACCCCUAAUUUUAGGUUCUUAAUGGACUAAUACAGACUCACCGUAAGAUCUCUUGCGUGGAUGUGAGUGUCACCCCACAUGCGUGUGAAUUGGCAGCGCUGCGGGGGGACGCCCUUCGCUUCCGGGGACGUCCGGAGGGAGGCGGGUGUCAGCCGCCGUUCUGCGCGGCAGCUAGGGAGGCUCAAGCACCGGCCCCUCGUUACUUGUUAUGGGAAGGAACCAGUUUUAAUGUGGGUUACUGCAUGUCACUGUAGGUCCUGGAGCAUACAUGCCUAGCCGCCACGGUAUCGGGCAGUUUAACGAGCCGCCAUGGCGAUUGCGCAGGUCGCCACCGAGUACAUGUUCUCCGACUUUCUGCUGAAGGAUCAGACCGAGUCCAAAUACAAAGGCGUGCGGACGGAGCUGGCCGCCGACAAGCUGGUGACCUGCAUCGCCGUGGGGCUGCCGCUGCUGCUCAUCUCGCUGGCUUUCGCGCAGGAGGUGUCGGUGGGCACGCAGAUCAGCUGCUUCCCCCCCACCAACUUCACAUGGCCCCAGGGGGGGUUCGUCAAUUCCUUCUGCUGGGCAUCAGUGCAGCGACAGAGCCUGGUCACCGAGAAGGGACGGGUCCCUCUAUGGCUGCACAAGUUCUUUCCCUACAUCCUGCUGCUGGUCGCCGUCCUCAUGUAUGUGCCGGCCCUGUUUUGGCGCUUUGCGGCCGUGCCCUGCCUGACCUCGGACCUGGCCUUCAUCAUGGAGGAGCUGGAUCGCUCCUACAACCGGGCCAUCAAGCUGGCCCAGAGUCUGGCCGCCAGCGAGGCGCCGGGGGACCCGCGCAGCAGCGCCUCGGACCUGACGGAGGGCUUCCGCUAUCCGCUGGUGGAGCAGUACCUGAAGACCAAAAGAGCCUCGAGGAGCCUGCUGGUGAAGUACCUGAUCUGCCGGGGGCUGACGCUCUGCAUCCUGCUGCUGGCCGGCCUCUACUUGGUUUACUACAUCAAUAUGGCCAGCAUUACGGACGAGUUCAGCUGCGACAUCCGCACGGGCGUCCUGCAGAACGACACUGGCCUCCCCCCUGCCUUGCAGUGCAAGCUGGUGGCUGUGGGCAUCUUCCAGCUGCUCAGCCUCAUCAACCUGACGGUGUACGUGAUGCUGGUGCCCGCCAUCGCAUACGCGGCUCUGCAGCCGGCGCGUCGGGGCCGUGCCGCCUUCCUGGAGCCCUAUGAGAUGCUGCCCGUCUUCAGCGUGUUUGACCUGGGAUCAGGGCCAGCCUACGACGACCUGUCGCUCUACCUGCUCUUCCUGGAGGAGAACCUGAGCGAGCUGAAGUCCUACAAGCGGCUGAAGGUCCUGGAGAUGUUGCAGGGUACGGAGGAGCAGUGCGACACGCUAGGGCUGCUGCGGGCGCUGGGCCAGGUGAGGAUGGAUGGCGUGGAUGGAAAGGGGCCCACAGCCCUGCGGCCCAGGACCGCGGAGGCGACUCGCCAAGAGGACGCCGUAGCCAUGAAAGAAAUGUCAGCGCUGCUCCAGAGUGACGGUCUGAAGACCAGCGGGAAGAGGUGCGAGUGAUUGGUCUCCAUGGCGAUGACUGUUGUUCUUCCCCAGAUGAUGCAACCUAAACUUCACGACUGUGUGAAAUUUCUCAGGGUCUGUUUCGACUCUUGGUGGAAUCCCCCUACGGGGGGUGUGUGUGUUUGGGGGAUGUGAUGCAUUUUUGGUGAGUGACUCGCCAACUAAAAAAAAUGUUUUGUUUUUUUAAAUGCUUUAAAAGUACAGUUUUGUGUAUAAUUGAUGAACACUGCACCCUGGGGCGGCCAGUCUGCUCCCAGUCAGCCCAGUGCCGCUUCCUAGAGCAUCUCCCAAGGCUGUCCUCGUCCUCCUCUCCGGCCCGGUGGCUGUUUGGCUGGUCUGGUCCAGGUUAUUUUCAAGGUUCUGCAGGCGAAUGGCCAGUGUGCUUGGAUACAAACUCGGAACAUCAUCAUCAUCCAGAUGCGCCAAUUGGCUGGACUUGUGGACGUGCCUUGAAUGCGAAACUGGAACUAUUUGGCUUUUUUUUUUUUUUUAUUAUUCCACCCCCCCCAUCCCCACAUUGAAACCAUGUGACCUCAGGAAAUGUGUUCUCUCUCACAUGCAUAUGCACUAGAUCCUUACUCAGAGUUAUGAGAGCAGUUAGGGACUUUGUUUCUGUAUAGUCCGUGCAUGUGCAUGCAACAUGAUUUCAAAUGUCCUGAGUGUCACAGUAAGGCCGCCUCUCUCCAUCUCUCCCAUCUUUCUUGUCGUAACAAUCAUUCUCUUUUCGGCUCAGUCUUUGUAAUCUCCACACGUGCCUUGAUUUCUUCAGGCUCUCUUUUCAUUAUGUAAACUAUAGUCCUCGUUGAUCAGUUCCAGAUGGGGUCCCGUCACAAAGAACUCUCCAGAAUUAAAAUCCAGGCUGAAUUCUGGGAAGUUUUAUUCUUCUGUAUUGUGGUGUAACACAAAUGCUACUGGAUAAGGGAAUUGGCUGGGAGAAGAUGCCUCUUGCUUUAAGGUAAAAUGCAUAUUUAGGAUUAGAAGAUAGGAUACAGGUUUGUAUUGGACUGGUUCCUGUGGGAAGUGUUUACAUAUUUUGAGUGUGUUUUAGACCAAAUCCUAUUUAAUCCCCCCUGGUCCCUACCUAGGUGUGUUUGCAUGUGCUUGAACAACAUGGUUUUAUAAUUCAUUGAAAAUUUGUACGUAUUGUAUGUUUCUUACAUUUUUUCCCCAAAAUAAACUCUUCACCUGGAGAAAGUUUAA